AUGGAUGGGUAUUCUGGUUUGUUAUAUUUCAAGUUUUCCCAACCGGAUAUCCCCUUUGUGGGUGUGGAUCCUCCUUUGAAGAAAUGCGAUGUAACUCAAACAUGUGUGGAUACAACUGAUGUUUUUGUAACUGGUCAAAAAUUUGCUACAAGAGAAGAGGCGAUAAGUUGGAUUAAGGACGUUGGAAUCAGGAAUAAAGUUACAGUUAUAAUAGCUCGUUCAGAUAUCAAAACAGGCAAGCGAGGAAGAAGUGAUAAAUUAAUAUUUGGUUGUGAUAGAGGUGGAAAAUACAAAAAAACAGAUAGCGAAACCCAAAGUGCUAGUAAGAGAUGUGGUUGUCCUUUCAAAAUUAGGUCAACACCGUCGAAAGAUGGUUCUGGAUGGAAGAUGGAUGUAAAAUGCGGAGUACACAACCACGGCUUACAUGAUAGAUUUGAAGGUCAUGCUUUCGUAAGUCGACUAAAUACAAAUGAUAAGCAACAUAUUGUUGAUUUGACAAAACGCCAUGUUCCACCAAGACACAUAUUAUUGUCAUUGCAAGAGCGUGACCCGGAGAAUGUCACUCGGAUCACGCAAAUAUACAAACAUAAGAGUAAGAUACAAAAAGACAUAAGGGGUCCUAGAACAGAAAUGUAA